AUGAGACAUUCUAUACUCAUCUCAGCCAUCUUCCUACCAUUCACGUACAGCAAGACGUCAAGCCAGCUUUGUUCUGGUACUGCUGUACUGUCCGAGGAUGGCAAUUGGUAUUGCUCCGAAGUAGAGGCCAUCACCUACCACAACAUCAGCCAACCCGGUGCCUACAAUCGUACGACCUCCAUCGAUCCGCGCACAGGGCUUUGCAGUCAUGCCCGUCAAGACUAUUCUAGCACAGGGCCACAUACUCCACUUUUUGGAGAAGUAUCUAUGCAUCUGCGUGGACCCAUGAACGUCUCGCAAUUGGCAGUAUAUCAACUACCCAGUGAGAUGCACUCGUUGGACAGGAGAAGCACCAUACCUUUCUAUAACCGUCGGCGAACUCUAAAACAGCGAGAUGCUUCACAACACAGUGCAAGCACGAUCAAGCAACCGACCCAGACAACAAAAGCUCGUUGGUUCCCAGCGUUCAGACAAAGAUGUGAGACAACAAGCUGCAGCCAGCUGACCGUUACCUCGACUGUCACUAUAACAGAUUGCACAACACCCACUACAAUGGAACCCACGGAUGACAUUACGUAUAUCGGUCCUCCAUUACCCUGUCUGCAUACCUCGGCACCGUUACCCUCUAAUUCCAUCCUUUCUGCACCAAAGUCAGAUUGUGGCUGCAACAGCACUCCUUCGGUCACAAGAUCAGAUAGAUGGCAGCCUACACUUCUCCCUGCCUUGAUGCCAGCACCAGUGGCGCAGGCAGAUGAGGUGGCCAGAAGAGAUGAAUUUCCUAGAGCUGAAAGUCCUCCCGAUUGGAGCCGGGUCGCAUACUAUAAUUCAGCUGCAGCGGCUCAAGCAACAGGACUGUCGUUCCUUGCCAACUUAGGUGACCCGGAGCAGUCCGGCACAUUUGACUAUGCUUUCGGAAACUCACUGGGCUACGUGAUGCCAAACGGCGGCCAGGUCGCCUCUGAAAGUCUUCCAUUUGAUGGCACGUUGGACACCUCUGAACGCGAGAUAGUCGUCAUGUCAGACAAAGGAUGCGAUCAGGACUGUCCCUACUGGAGGCCAGACGCCACAUCUCACUACGGUUGGUCAGGUUCAUCCAAAGCCUUUUUGAUCGAAUUUCAAAUGGACCACUACCCAAAUCAGGGCACUGACCAAGGACUCAUCUCGGACGCACCAGCAUACUGGUUCCUCAACGCCGCCAUCCCACGUAUCCUGCAAUACGGUAAUGACCGCAACAACGUGCCUUGUUCAUGUUGGUCGACCGGCUGCGGCGAGUUCGACGCCUUUGAGGUCCUCGGGAACGGCGAAGAACGAGCCAAGUCUACAUUACAUCGCCAGGGGAAUCUUGAAGGAGGUGACUCGAACUACUUCAAGAGACCUGUGGGGGCAACGAUGAAGUUCGCAGUGGUCUGGCAUUAUCCUCAUAUCACAGCGAUGGUAUUGGACGACAGUUUUGAUUUUGGGGAAAGACUAUCGGAUGCACUGGUGCAAAGGUUGGUGCAGUAUGAUCCGAACAGCUGGGUGCAUUCGUUGUUCCCUAUUGGAGACUGA